CCAUUGACUAUGCUUUUGUUGGGCUGGCGUGUUGGAAGCACAUGACAGCUGGUGACAGCCAGCUCUAGCACCAGGCAUAGAGACAGACGUCACAGCGUAACCCUAAACCCAGUAACAUAGACAGAUCAGACGCCAACUAUUUACUGAGAGCUGCUUGUGUAUCACAGAAGCCAGAAUGGAGAAAGCCAAACAAGAUGCCUACGACAAAGCCAGGCUUCAAGUGAUUAAAGAUGGCUACGAUAGGGCCUUUGAAUGCAUCAACAGAGGACUGACAGAGGAUGAGGCUGGACGGAAAGCAGAAGCCCUGGAACUGUACAGGCAGGGGCGGCAACACCUUCUCAGGGCUAUAAGUGUGCCGUGCCUUGGGGAGGAGUGUGUCGGAAGCUCCUGGGAAUCAGCACGUCAGAUGCAACAGAAAAUGGAGGAGACCCUGAAUAACAUCACUACGCGCCUUGCUGUAAUAGAAACUAGCUCAGACUAUGCAGCAGCAACAGCCCCUCAUGCGAUUACUGAGGCAUGUGCUGCAGAGUCAACCUCUGGCAACCUAUACCCCAACCUGUCCACCAAAGAAAAACCAAAUAGGCCAGCACCACCAAAGUUGCUCACAAACAGUCAACCAGCUGGGGGCGUGGGAGCUGUCAGCAGCGGGUCACAGCCUCUGUCUCCCACCGGCCAAGCUGCAGCACCGGGGGAGCGUCCCCCAGCAUACUCUCCCCAGGCGGCUGAUGGCCACCUCACCAUUUCCUACGGGACAGAUUCAGGAGAACUGUCACUGGUGGGGGAUGAGUUCUACAGUCAUACGUCCAACUCCCCACCUUCUCCGCAGAGCCUUGGAGAGGAGGGAGAGGAGCUGCUUUUUCUUCCCCAUGGAGUUCAAAUAUUCUUUGUCACACCUGAGGGUCAGGUCAGCGCUCCCUCAUACCCAGGCUUCCUACGAUUGGUCAAGUUCACCUCUGAGCGGCCAGAGACGAUGCCCAACCGUCCUCCAGCCUUCCUACAGGUGUGUGACUGGUUGUACCCACUGAUGGCCACGGACUCCCCAGUCCUGCUGUGUAACACAGGAGUGUUCAUGUUCCCUGACAUGAUGGCUCCUGCCCAUGGCUCCUACGUGGGAGUUGUGCUGUCCUCUGAGCUGCCUGUGUCUGACAGAGAUCUGUUCCAGGACCUCCUCUCCCAGAUGACAGACCUCAGGGUUCAGGUAAGCAGGGACCCAGAUGAGGCAGCAGACAGCAUUAACUUGAGUCAGAAGGUGCCCAUUGUUCCACCUGAGGAGGCCCCUGCCACAGAGGAUGAGAAGCCCCUGCCAGAGUGGAGCGAGAAGGUGGCUCAUGGCAUCCUAACAGGUGCGUCCUGGCUGAGCUGGGGCCUGGUGAAGGGGGCGGAGUUCACAGGCAAAGCCAUUCACAAAGGGGCAUCCAAACUCCGGGAACACAUCACUCCAGAGGACAGGCCUGCGCAUGUCAGCCCCACUGUCACCAAAGGCCUUCAUGUUGCUAAGCAAGCCACUGGUGGUGCCGUCAAAGUCAGCCAGUUUCUGGUGGAUGGCGUAUGUAUGGUGGCUGGCCAUGUUGGUCGAGAGCUAGCCCCACAUGUAAAGAGACAUGGAAACAAACUGAUCCCUGAAUCCCUAAAGAAGGACAAAGAGGGGCGCUCCAAUAUUGAUGGAGCCAUGGUGGUGGCUGCCAGUGGAGUUCAAGGAUUUGCCACCAUGUGGACUGGCUUGGAAGUAGCAGCAAAGAACAUCACCACAAGUGUAGCUUCAGAGACGGUCACCACUGUGAAGCAUAAGUAUGGGGCAGCAGCCGGACAGGCCACUGACCACGCCGUCAACUCAGCUAUCAAUGUGGGCGUCACUGCCUUCAACAUCGACAACCUGGGGCUCAAAGCGAUGGUGAAAAAGACUGGCAAGCAGACAGCCAAAGCCAUCCUGGAUGACUACCAACUUCAGGACAGAUCAAAUAAUGAGAAGCAAGUGGAGAAACGAGACAAAUAGUCUCAGAAUGAUACUUUAAUUACUGCCUUAAGACUGUAUUCUUAUACAAAUAACUUUAUAUUCAAAUAUUUUAUUUAUAAGUUUUUAUUUAAUGUUGACUACUGAAUAUAUAUAUAAAUAUUGUUAAGAGUUUGGUAUCAACUGUUGAGCACUUUAAUCUUUAUAUUGAAUGGUAUAAUUCUAGAUGGACAUGUACAGUAUGUAGAUACCGGUAGGCUGGAUAAUGUAUUUUGUGCAAUGUUUCUGAGAGGACACUGUGAAUUAGGGCUAGGAUUAGGCUUGGAAAUAGGUAGGAUUCUGGCCUAACCCUAGAACAGGGUAGGACAUUUGAGAUGAAUGUCUUGUUAACUAACUGUACAACCUUUUCUAACAUUAUAUGCAAAGAUUUACAAAAUAAUUAUUAGAAUGGUGUAUUUAAUAAAUAAAUAAAUAAACAUAUUUAGUGACGUUA